CAGUCGAGUUCCGUUCGUCAAACGCAGUGGAUAUACGGCGAUAUUCGUUCAGUGUGCAUUCUGGUGUUUCUCUUUCGGGAUAGAGUAUCUCACGAACAAACAAAAACAAGCAACAACAUAACACAAAAAAGAAACAGAAGAAGAGGAAUUGUGUGGGAAUGGAUUAAAUGAAGUAGAUCGGACAUUUCGGAAAUUUCGACUAUUUAACCAUCGGAGGGGCAAAAGCAACAUAAAUAAAUACGACAAAGAGAGAAUAAAAAUUAUUCGUUCUUUUUUUCGGCAAUUUUAUGCUGCUGAACUUUUGCAAACCGUGCGACAAUGAUGUGUACGUGUGCAAUAAUAUUUUGCUAGCCAUUUAACAUUUUUUGUUGUCUCCGUACUGUGUGUACCCGUACUUGAGUUGAGAGAGUUAAAUUGAGCUACAAAACAGCAGCAGCAGCAGCAGCAAGCAACGGCUGACGACGUGAGCGAGAAAAAAUAAAAUAAAAAUAAAAUAACAACAACCGAAAAUUGUGAAAAUACUCGGUUUAUAUCCACCUCUCUUUGUAUAUGUUCCUCCCAUAAACAAUUGGCUUGACACAGGGAUUUUGGGAAAACAAAAACACAACGCAUCAUCUUGACAAUUUUCGUUUCGUCUAAACAAUAAGUUUCUUAGAUACGGCGAAGGAGCACGGAAAAACGCCUGUGUUUUGUUUUAGAAUUUUAUUGCCAUUUGCUCGGAAUAUGCACACACAAACACCAGAUUGUACACUUGCAUGUGGUGCCAGUAAUACGAAAUACCCAUGUCAGUGGAUGUGAAUGGAAUAAUAAAAGAAACAUGAACGAUUCGUAUUAAAAAUCAAAUGAAAUAAGCCAAACGCAUGAACUGGAUAGAACAACAGAGAAAAGUUGCGUAAAAUAGCGCAAAAUAAAAACAACGACGAAAUCGGUGUGUAUGUGUUUUAUUUGAUUUUUUUCGGUUUGUGAAAUUUCGGGUAGCAAGUGAGAAGAGGCUCGAGCCCAAAAAAGGAUAUCUACGCCACCGUGCCACCGUGAUAAAAAAAAAGAAGAGUGAGAGUUGUGUGGAGCAGUAACGGCAAGAAUAAAGAUCAAUCGCGAAACAAAAGUAAACGAAAAGUGCUUUUAAUAAUGUGAAAGAAUGUGACAUCAUGACAAUCUUAUCUGUUUGCAACGGAUGUCAUGAUGUUUGCUUACCGGAAAAAGUUUAAAUAUCCAAUUAAUUAUAUUGAAGCAUUAACGCAGCAACAGUCGGCACAAUAGAAAAAGGGGAAAUCUGUCUCUCACUCUCUUUCUCUUUCCCUCACUCUCUUUCGUUCUCAACUUGUUCGAAAUUUUUCUAGCGAAAACCAUCGAAACGACAGAAGCACAGUGUGUGUUUGUAAAACAAAGUAGUCUUUGUAUAACAUUGCAAUUGUUUUAAGUACAAACUGAAAGAAAAGCAUUCGAUAAAGUGAGUGUAUGAGUGUAUUUUCAAGCGUAACAAUUAAAAGUGCAAAAAUUGAAUAGUUGGCCGAAACCGAAAAAAAAACGUUUAUUCAAACAUUGAAACGAUACACAUUUGGAUUGUGCAAUUGAGAGUAGUUAAUUUGAAAGAAGCUGAAGCUACAGAGCAAAAAAGAAAAGAAAGAAAAAGCAGUUUGAAACAAACGAAAUUGAAAUGGGGAAGCUAUUGAAUCCUCCAGAGAAAUCUGGAGGCUCUCCGCUGCUGGAUCAAAAAACACCAACAAAUUAUGAACGUAGUUCAAUAACCAACAAUAGUGGAAAUAUUCUCGUUUAUAUAAUAUUAAUGUUUUCGUUGAGUUUUUCUGCAUAUACAUUUCUACGACAAACACAUUUUGAAAAUAGAUAUAGUCAUUUAGACAAACGAAUAUCGAUAGUUGAAGAUAAGCUUCGGCUAUUCCCGUUGGCAUUUUUAAAUUCAUUGGCCAGAACAUCGGUAUUACCAUCGAUAUCGUCAUCGAAAUCCUCAUCGUUAGCAGUGACCGUCACACCAAAUGCAUCAACAAUGGAUUCAACAGUGCCCGAAAUCGAUUUAAUUACAGAUACAUCCGAUACGAACACCGAUAACGAUGAUGAUGAUGGUGCCAUCGACAACGAUGAGCAAUUUGCCCAUAUUUUACAAAAGCUAUCCUUACAAGUAUCGGGCAUUCAGCGUUUACGCCGCGACGUUUCUCACUUGAAAGCAUCUAGGCGUGGUGAACGACAAGCAUCUGUUCAUCCAACGGAUUGUACGUGUCCAGCAGGUCCGCCAGGCCCGCCGGGAAAACGUGGAAAAAAGGGGAAGAAAGGUGAUGCGGGCGAACCUGGACCACCAGGUGUAACUGGACCACCUGGCAAAAAUGGUUUUCCGGGACCAAUUGGACUGGAUGGCCCUAAAGGCGAACCGGGUACCCCUGGCGAAAAAGGUCAAAAAGGCGACUUAGGACAACCGUCCAUCGAUGUAUUCCAAGCAGUUAAGGGACUCAAAAGAUCAGUUACAACAUUACGCGGUGGCUCUCUAGGCUAUGCAGAAAUUGUUGCCGUCAAGGGUGAGCCAGGCGAGCGUGGUCCUCCAGGCCCACCAGGACCAAUUGGUGUUGCGGGGAUUCCCGGUCAUGACGGACGACCAGGAGGUCCAGGCGAACGUGGCGAGAGAGGCGAGAUAGGGGAGAAAGGAGAUCAGGGAGCCGUUGGACCAGAAGGCCCACCAGGACCGGCUGGACCGAAGGGAGAACGGGGUGACAAAGGUGAUAGAGGUCUAACAACGACAUUCAAAGGUGAUUUACCGACUGGAAUCAUUGAAGGACCACCUGGUCCACCGGGAAAUCCAGGUCCAGCAGGACCGAAGGGAGAACGAGGUGAAAUUGGGCCCGAAGGACCACCGGGGCCACAAGGUGAAAAGGGGCCACGAGGAAAGAGGGGCAAACGAUUGUUUGGCCAAGGUAAGGAAAACGAAUACGACGAUGAUGUCACAGUCAUUAGAGGGCCACCAGGACCACCGGGAAUAGAUGGCAAAGAUGGUAAAGACGGUGUAAAAGGAGAAAAAGGCAGUCCGGGUGAACCCGGAUCGCUUGGGCCUCGAGGUUUGGAUGGACUGCCUGGCGAGCCCGGAAUUGAAGGUCCUCCUGGAUUGCCCGGAUAUCAGGGCCCACAGGGAGAUAAGGGCGAUAGAGGUGAUAUUGGACCACCAGGAUUAAUGGGACCACCCGGUUUACCAGGUCCCCCCGGUUAUCCGGGCGCCAAGGGAGAGAAAGGUGAUCGCGGAGAUUCCAAGUAUCGAAAGAUGCGCAGACGGCAAGAGGAAGGAAUGGCCGAUGCACCACACACAAAUCCUAGUUCUCACAGCUCACACAUAGAAUAUCUAAUUGGGCCACCAGGACCGCCAGGCCAUCCGGGAGCAAUUGGUCCGCCAGGACCAGAAGGUCGUAAAGGAGACCGAGGUACUAAAGGAGACAAAGGAGACACUGGCUCAAUGGGCUUACCGGGACCUGUUGGUUACAGAGGUGAAGGUGGGCCCGCGGGCCCAAAUGGUAAACCAGGAAUGCCGGUUUGGUCGUAUUAAGCUAAAAAAAAAAAAACAAAACAAAAUUCACAGAUACACACACACAAUCUCUCUCGAUACGUAUAUAAAUAAAUUAGGCAUACAAGAUGAAUUAAGAUUAACCAACCAGGCAAGCAGCGUCAACAAAGCAUGCAUUUUUUUGGAAAAUGUAUUUUACAUUCAACCGAGUUUUACAGCAACACAUAUACACACAAGGGACAAAAUAAUUUCAGCUUUUUUUUGUAUGACAAACAAACAAACAUUCUACCCGACAUCAUCGUUAUACGUUUAUUUAAAAUUUAAAAAUAAUUCUGCUGACAUGAUUCGCUAUUCCUUCGUUCCUUCAGUCUUUUUUUUUUCAAAUUUGUAUUCUAUCGGAACAUAAACUGAUACGUAUGUAUUUUGAAAAAGUGAAAAAAAGAUAGAUUCGUUUUUAGUGAAGAUUAAAAGAAACAACAUUAUCAUUUCAAUUUAAGAAUGAAACAAACCACUAUAUAUACUAAUUGUUGAAUUCUCACAUUUUAAAAAUGAAAUGAAAUUAAUAAACCGAAAGAUAUCAAAAAAAGGCACAAAUAUUUAAAAAUUUCAACGAAAUAAACAAAUCAUUCAUCGAGAACUCUAUUUGUGUUGAUGAAAUUAAAAACAAAUGAAAAAAAAAAAUACUUUCAGAAAAAUUCAAUUACUUACCACGAUGUUAUUAUAAAAAGAAAUUAGUCAGAAAAGAAAAAUCGGUAUCAAUUAGAUCGCUGUGCAUCAACUUCAUACACGUCAAGAUUCACUAUUUUCUGCGGGAGCGUACAGAAAUCGUGUGGAAAUGUGAAUUUGCCAUUUUGAAAUACAUCACACAGCUACUAGCUUACUUGUCGCAUAUAGAAAUGUUGUAAUGAAUUAAAACUAUCCGAGAGAGUUUUUCGCUUAAUUAAAAGAACUUAGACUAAUAAUUAAGAUGCAUUAAGCUUUCCCAUUGUGUAAUGCAUUCGUUUAUGUGAUGAGAGCACACAGUGCAUAAAACUGCGUAUAAAAUGCUAUUUACCUCAAAUUUUGAGGCUCAAAGAUAAAUGACACGCAGCGAAUUGAGCAAACAGCUUUCGGAAGAGAUUUCUUUUUCUUCUUAUAACGAUAAUUUCAUUUGGGUUAUAUGUUGAACAUAACACAGCAAUGCACAUUGUGGUUGAUAUCAACAUACACGUACAAAUAUGCAUCGAAUUCGAUGCAAAUACACGCCAGAUUUUUAAGAGACAUAAAGAAAAACUGACUAUAAAUCUUAAUAUGUGUAUCUCUCUGUCUGUUUUGCUUUGAUUUUCCUCCUAAAUAAAUGGCUCUCGUUGUAUUUAGCCAAAACAAUUAUUCCAUGCCACAUGGAAGCAGCAAGUACCAGGCUUUACUGUGCGGUUGAAAAAUCCGCAUGAAAGAGAGCAGUAAAGACUGAUUAGCCAAACUCAAGACAAUCGUCCUCUCUUUUUCUCUCGUACAAAGUAUUUGGUGAACCGAAAAAUUAUCGCAUAAAAAUAUCGGGUGAAAAUAUUCAUGCGGAUGUUUUGAUCGCACAGUAAAUACCAGGCUUUGAUAUUAUAGCAUCAUUCCCACUGCAGUACAGUACAGAGUUGUCUCGAGGUAUUUGCAAUUCUCGACCGGGAGAAAAAUGCACUCACAUAUGUGUAACGACUACAGAAUUUUAAUUCAUCUCUCCCGCGUUGCUCACCUCCAUCCUAACCCGCUGUCUCCCUCUCUUUCACUCUGUACAAUUGUUAUUUUUAUCGAGUGAACGAGCGCGUGAAAGAGAAGAAACGAAGAAAAUGUGCCAAAUCUAGCAAAAACUUUGCAAAGUUUUUUAAAAUAUGUAUACAUCGCGUUGAAACAAUAUGAAUGGUCGGGAACAUGUUCCUCACCAUAUUCACAUUAUUUUUCAUCCAUUCAACGUAAAUAAAAUAUGAACGGUUUCAUUAUCAUUUCACAAAGUAUACUACAGAAACUUUGCUUAGAGAAAAAGAGACACGAACACACACAUUAAAAAAUAUACGAUUUCAUUUUGAAGGGUUUCAUCCGUUUGUAUGUUGUAUAAAAUGCGCUGUUGUUUUUGCUGUUAUUAUUAUUAUUAUUUUGUGUGUUUUCUUUUCAUUUUUUUUCUCUUUCACUCCGUUGUGUUGGCUCGCUCGCUCGUUCAGACGUUAGCUCUUUCAAUUUGUGACGCUGUUCAAGUGAAAAAUUCAAACACAAACAUCACCAAGCGACGUGCCAUGUAAUAUCCCCAUCUAUAUGGAGCCGCUAUCGUUUAAUAAUGCAAGCAAACAAGUGCAAUUUUGACGACUGUUUCAAAACCAUUUGCCGUCGUGGCAUUUUGCACAUUAACUGGCAUCAAUGAAUACAGUUCAUAAAUGUACACAUAUAUACACACACACUCGACACUCCCAGGCCAAUGUGUUGAAUCAAUAUAUUGAAAUUGGAAUUUUCGAUUUGUCGAAAUUCCUACUGUUUACUCAAAAACCGUUCGGGUAUAUUAUCGAGAAACAGGUGUGAAUCGUAAAAGUGCAAGACGAAAAUAGUUUUAUACAGUGCCAUACACAUAGCUUGAAAUAUGACUUGGUGCCCAAAAAAAGGAAGAGGAAUAAUAAAAAGAAUUGAAAGACGGAAGAAAAUAAACUUUUGAGAUACAUUCGAAAUGGCAGUCGUUCGUUUCGAAUUGUCGAGAAAGACACACGGUACGGCAUGUCUUUUUAAAAGAAUCAACUCCAAAAAGUUCUUGAUUUUUUUUCUAUUCGAUCUAGUUCAUAGCGUUGACUACCAUUUUGACCAUGACUGCCAUCAUCAUCAUCAUUUGGCAAUAAAUUUUUCCAUCGAAAGACGAUAACAAGAUUUUCAUUCAUUUCCUUGUUCCGUUGCAAAUUGAUCACUUUGAAUGGUCAUUUUUCAAACCGAUUUUCAAAAGACGAACCCUUUUCAAAUGUUUUGCACUUCGGUGGAAGUUUUCCACCGACUUACACAUACACAUGCAUACACAAAUAAAACUUGUACAUGUUUUCUGCUUCAAUAGGAAAAACUUUUCGCCUCAUAUUGCGUUGUACAGUUUAUAAGCCCGACUACGUUUGCUAUCUUUUCAUGUGGCCUCUGUGUUCGGCACUAUUUGUAUCUUUUUUGCAAAUAAUUCACUUAUCACCACGUUUUUGUUUUCAUACGUGAUUAUGACCAGGCCAAAUUGUGUGGGAUUGUGUUCACUGUUAAAGCAACAGUCAGUUAAAUUCACACACACACAUAAACACUUCAUCUCUCACUCCGUUUGUGCAUCUUCACUUUGGCGCAUGAAUUGGCAAACAGAUUGUGACUGUAAUUUUCAAAUAUGUGCAUUGCGUAAAGCAGAAAAUGGAUGCAGCUAAUUUGUUGCAUAUGCAUACGGCCAGCUGGCCGAUCUUGAAUGCGGUAAAUUAUGUGAUGGGCGUGUUGCUUUUGGUCGAAUGGAAAACUUUGACAAACUCACAUGUUCAAUCGAAUUAAACAGUGUUCAUGUUCACCCCAUCCUCUCGACCAUCCGAACAACCGAAAAAAGAACGAACUCCAAUGAAACUUCGUAUUCGUUAUAACAGCCAUUUAUACGAACAUCGACCGCUAUGAAUAUUUUCAUAGCAACAACACAAGAGGAAAAUCCAAUUUCUUUUUUUUUCUAUUCUCUCUUCCGAACAUCAUCUAUAAUGCAUCGCAUAUGGAAAAUCCAAUUGGUCGUGUGUAUGUGAACAAAUGUUCUAUGAAGGAAAGAGAAUUAUUUCCCCCCGUUCAAAAUUCAAAACAUAUCCUCCAUAGUUUUUGUCCAACAGUCGGUGGCCAGUGACACAGUCAUUUUGGAGCUCAUCAUUGGAAAUGUAUACAUAUAUACAGGGCGUCCCAUAAUUGUAUGCUAAUUCCUUUACCACCGAUUCCUGGGCUCAUGAGGAGUAAAAAAGUUUCUAAGCACUUUUUCCUCAGGGGGUGUUUUGCUGAUUAAUUCAGAAACUAUUAGAGAUACCGGUUCGGUUUCUUUAAGAAAGUUAUUACGGGCAUUGAAAGUAACCAAUGGCCAACUCAGUAAGAAUUAUCGGACAUUCUAACAGACAUCUGUAUUGCGAGUGGCCAAUUUGGAUGUUUGGGUGCCCACAAUGGUUAUUGUUAUGGAAAGAGGGUGAUUUGACUUAAACUUUACCGAAUGCUGCGGUCUAAACCAAACAACCCCUGUGGAAAAAGUGCCCAUAAUUUUUUUCAAUCUUUAUGAGUCAACAAAUCUGUGGUAUAGCUAUUAGCAUACAACUAUGAACCACCCUGUGUAUAUUUAUGUAUGUUCGAAUCAUGGUUCAAUGCAGCAAUUGCAUCGCAUUAAAAAUGAUAGCAGAUUCCAACAUUGUGAUAGCACAAACAAAUGGCACCAUUCUACAAGGGGACCAUAUUCUCUUUCUGCGAAAACGUAGGCAAAGUUUAACCAUGUUUUGCACAAAGUUUGCACAUGCAUUUUGAUAAAUAUAUCAUUCAACAAUUCAACAAAAAUAUGUGUGUAUGGCAGCGUCGGCGGCAGUAACGGCGGUGACGGCACUGAUGACGACGGUGUUAAGUAAAACGUACAAACUUUUCGGAGAAAAACCGUAUGUGUACUGUUCGCCUAGAAAAAGUCGUUUUCACAACGUACUGUCGCCAAUUACAAAUAGAAUUAUUGAGCCAAAAAAUUUGCUUUUUUCUAUUAUCCAUUUGCACGGGAAUUGGCAAUGGAAGGAGAGAAAGGGUAGAUAGAAAGGGAGUUUCGGGCGAUCUCAACCCGGAUCAAGUAAAUGAAUGCCAAAUUUAAUCAAAAUAGAAAACACUGUUAUACAAUGCAAAAACAUCAUAGCGGUGACAGUGGUGGUAGCAGCAACAGCAACAGAACCCAAAGAGAAUGGCGAUGACAAACAAAAACCGACAAUUACGAAAGUGUAUGCAAAAGUUGGCGAAUGUAUUGAAUUAUCCUUGAUUCCGCCGCAUUUUCCAAUGCCUGUCGCCGCUUUUAAAAUCAAAGCGAAUUAUUAUUAUUCAAAUAACGAAUUUUUUCCUUAUCUGAUUUACCCUGAUUUGACGUGCAGACACUUCUCUUGCGACACAGAGAGAAAAAAGGAACAUGAAUACAAAUCGGGAUGAUGAUGCUGAAUAGAGCGGUAAGCGUGUAGCAAAGAUACAACGACGACAACAACGGUUGGCUACGUAACAUUUCGAAAAUGUUUGAGGUUUGUUGUGUGGUGAACCCCUUUUCGAUGUGGUGUAGUGUAUGAGACACAGUGAAGUGUAUCACUAACUGUGGUGUAAUACCCAAUUGUGUUUUCCGGAUUUCAUCACCGUUGUCUGUUAUAUGUAUAUGAUCUUUAUGUAUCGGAAGAAGCAAUCGAACACACGUGUCAAGGCACGUGCCAAUUUCAAAUCAAUGGAGAGAAUAUUUGGCGUUCUUAUCAUAUUGGAAAGCUCUAUCUGUGUCUCUGUCGUUCUGUCUGACAUUUGCCGAUAAAAUGCACCGAGAUUAUAUGACGCAUUGUCAUGUAUGCAUAUCAUUUCACAUUGCCCGACAUUUUCGGAACAGAAAGACAUAACGUAUAUAUCCAUAUGGGUACAUUUAUACAUACAACACAUACAAAAUCACAACUGAUAUAAAUUGCGGAUUAACAAUCACACCGCAGUAUAGUGCACAGUAGUACAGUGAAGAAAAUACUCGUUGUUUUCCGCAUUAUUCGAAAUUCCCCAUGUGAUUUUCGAUUUGACGACCACUGAAUCAAGAGCGGCUUCUGGUUCUGGUUGUGUGGCCCAGAAAAAGAGCGGUCACUGAUUGUCAGCACAUAUUCAUCCGAUUACCAAUUCAUUCAGAAUCAUCGGUCACAUAGCGACAAGAAGCAACAUCAUUCAGCACACGGUUGGCAAAACACAACACACCACAUCACUCACAUACACAUACACACCACUAUCACACGGAAGGGUACAGUGAACAUAUCUGGGUGUCAUAAAUCGAAAUGAUUUUAACGUAGUGAUUACAGAAAUCAAUUAUUGUUUAUGCAGGCGAAAGAGGCAAAAACUGCGUGUUCCAAUUGAAAAAGUGCACUUGCAUUAAUGGGACAACCAGCCCUCCGUUUGACGAAUGAAAUUGCUCGUUAUUUUUUUUCUCUGUUCAAUCAAUCCAAGAAUUUGAGAGAAUGAUUUUUUCCUCCAUGCGUGUGAACGAUCACUCAAAAUGAAAUGAAAGACGUUUUUUUCUGUUGUUCGACGCGAUACACAUUCCAAUCAAAAAUCCACACUGAAUCCACGUUUCGUUAACGCAUAUCUGACACUGUUCUCACACGGUUUUGAACGUAGAACCGUGUGGCUAUAGUAUAGUAGAGUGUGAAGUCGUUUGAUAUCAUUUUUAAUUUCAAAUAACCGUGCAGAUGCAGUGUAGGUUUGUACGGGUAUCAAGCGUUGACACCAAAAAUGGUUCCAAAAUUCAUCAUGAUAACGCAACGGUCAUAGACUUUAUCCACACGGUUUUAAACGUAAAACACUGUGGCGGAUCUCCACACUCUUCAGUAUGAACGUGUGUGUGUGUAUUUGCAUAUUUGACACCAUUUUUGGAACGCUAUCUAGAAAUGGUUUCGUUUAAUUUAGUUUUUACUAAUUGUAAGAAGAAUUCAUAGAAGAUAAUGAACAAUAAUUUCAUGACGACCGUUGCACAUUUGAUAGAUAAGAAUAUUAAACGUAAAUGAUACGAUUUCAACAAUUUAUUUUCCACGCUUCGUCCAUACUCUCCAAAAAUACUACUAAAUUCGUUGAAGUCAUAUAUAAUAUGUAUUGCGUAUUUUUCGCGCAUAUUGGCGAUUGAAGUGGAAAUGCUACAUGUAGCUUUUUGUAUUGUAAGUGAUAUGCACAUCAUCUUUACCACAAUUACGAGCUUCAGAGCUUCUGUCUGUCCGAAUGUUAAUUUGUCAGCAUGGGACGAUAGGAGAAGCGAAUAGCUCUUGAAUUCACGUGAAAAUAUGAAGAGAAAAAGGAAAUGCUAAGUGAAACUCAGUACAAAUUACUUAAGCGGCUGCCGCACUCACUCUCACUAUGCUACGGCAAAUUUCAUUCAUACUUUACUUCCAUGAAAAGAAAACUUGCAACAACAAAAAAACGGAAUAGAAGAAGAAACAAACUGAAAGUUUAAAAGAUGAAAGAGGAAUAAAAGGUGAUGAUUAUGAACAAUGAAAAUGUGUGUAUAUUGAAGUGUACAAUGUACAUUCGCCCUACAAAAUAGAUGAAGAAGAAAAACGACAAGGGAAAUGAAAUGAGAAUGAGAACAAUAUCGUAACAAUUCCAUAAAGUCGUCCAAUUAUAGACACAACACACUCACUCACAUACACAUAUAUACAGUGCGGAAAAUUCAUAGACUCGAUGUACAAGUUUUCUCCGGAGGGUUUAAAUUCAAAUAAACUUAAUUUUAAGACGUGGUAAUGUGACAUUUUCCAUCCAAAAAACGUAAAACAAAUAGCAAAUAAGAGAAACACAAGUAAAAGGAAAUGAAAAAGAGAAAAUAAGUUAAAGUUGAUUAAUUUAUAUGACACAAAUGAAAAUGAACACAGACCGACUUACAUAGCUGGUGUCCACACGUAGAUAUGUAUUUCUAUUUACAAUUUUCAAAAAAAAAGAAAAAGAAUAAAAUUACAAAAAUUUCGGCGCAUACGUUUUGAAUGUAUGUUCGUAUAAAUAACAAUAAUAUAGUAAGUAUAUAAGUUUAGAGAAAUUUUUUGCCAUCCAAAAUGAAGUAGCUACAUGUUGUUUUUUUUCUAAAGACAAAUGCCAACAAAUCGAAUCAUAUAUUAAAUUGCAUUUUUAUGAAAAUGAAAAAGAAAAACCCAUUGCAUAGACAGAACUUGUAAUGCAAACCUAUUUAAUAAUCGUAUACUUUCCUCAUUUUCUUGCAUAUAUUUCUCUUAAUCAUCAUCAUCAUCAACUUGCAAUUCGAUUUGAGUCCUGAAAUGACAACCUCAAGGCAAUAUUUUCCAUGCGGUAUUGUUAUGUGCCUGAAACGAAAAAACAAAAACAAAUCAUCCGUUCAGAAUGAAACCAAAGCCGAGAUCAUCAUCUCUGCAGAUUUGGUUUUUUUUCUUCGGAGAAAAGCUAUCAAGGCAAAAAACAAAUACGAGAAAAAUAUCGAUUCUCGAAUGCAAAAUAAUACAAUUUGCAUCACAAUUACAUUUUGAUUUUCGAAUACUGCCUUAUUGCCAGACACACAUUUUGAAGUAUUUUCUCGGUUUCAUUUGUGAUGAAUUGCAAUUCUACCAUAAUUCGAAAAGCAAAUCAAAUUUCAACACAUUUUUUUCUUGCAUGAAUCUGAAGAAAUUUCUUGUAUUUUAUACUCAUUGUUAAUUUGAUUUGAAUGUUGUACCGUUUGCGAAUUGAAAUUGACAGAGUUAAAGAAUUUGGUUUUUCGUCUACAUCUUGGAAAUGGAUUACUCAAGUAGAAAUUUAAUAUUCGUUCGGCGCGACUUGUGAGCCCUUUAAGUUAAAAUUACAUUAGAUUUGAUAGCUUAGAAUCGGCUUCAAUUUAACUUGAAGUAUUCAAAGUAUUUUGACUGCCAGCGCCAUCUUAAUUGCUUGAAGUUGAAAAUUAUUCAAUUUGAACUAAGGCGCAUGAAUAGCGCCAAAUGAACAUAAAAUUUCGACUCGGGUACUUCAUCACUACUUUGACCUCAUGCAUUUUUUCCCCACUCUGUCUAAUUUGACGGCCUGAAAAGAAGAACCUUUCCUACAAAACC